AUGGCGAGAUGGAAAUGGAUUCUCCCGAUUCUCGCGGCCUUGUGGACCCUGAGCGACGCCUACUUGACGGUACUGCCUUCCAGCACGCCGACCGGUAGCGUGGUGUUCGAGGCUGGUGUGCCUCGGCUAGGUGGUCGUCGGAAGUACGAGGUGUCGAACGAACGAACCGCAUGGUUUGCGAGAAAACUCUUGAAGGUCCAUCCUCACACCGGUCGCGUAACAUUGGCGCGGCCGUUGAGCUGCGAUGGCCUUCAAUAUCCGCGGAUCUUCACCUUCUACGUGGACUCGACAAGCUCCCGCCUAGGCAGACCGACCAUCGACUAUUACAGUUUACCGCUGAGAAUUCUGAUAACAGGCUGCGGCGGUGAGAACCGCGAUCUAGCCGCUACCAGAGGAUGGAUGGCAGAGACUCUUGCCUCGUACGCGAUGCCCAGCGCCGAGAGGUUCACCGAGGUUUGCCUCCGUACGUCGCAGCUGGUCGCGGCGCUUCGCGACUUCCUACCACAAACAGCAUUGAAAGAGUGCGAAACCAGAUGGGGUGGUGUAGCCGAUCCGAGGUUUCUAAUCGAGGGCGCGGCGGGUGAUUUGGUCUCGGCCACGGAGCAAUGCCUGGUGGACCCGCUCUGGAAGAUCUCCGUGUCGAUGAACCUCAGAUGCGGUAUGGAGUCCCGAUUGACCGACGCUGAACACCGUUUGAAGAUCGUCUUUCAUCAUCGUCAAUUGGACGACACGGAUUUGGGUAGACGGGUGAGGAGAGAGCUGAAAAAUCAAUCCCCCUACUUCGAGCAGCCCCUAUACACUGGAGCGGUCGAGGAGGAGAAAGAACCGGGGGUGUAUGUCACGUCCGUUCGAGCCAGGGACCCCGAGGGUGGAACGGUUCGAUACUCCAUGAGCUCUCUUCUCGAUGCUCGAUCUCAGUCCUUGUUGUUUCUCGAUCCUGUCACCGGUCGGGUAACCACGCGGGCGAGGUUAGACAGAGAAAGCGUGGACGUCCAUUAUUUUCGAGUGCUCGCCGUGGACGAUUCGUUUCCCCCGAGAACGGGCACCACCACGCUUCAGGUGAACGUUCUCGACGCGAACGAUCACGCCCCGAGCUUCGAGUGGCCGGAAUUCCUGUCCAUCAGCAGCGGCAACGGUAUCGCGAGCACAGAGGACGCUCUGACUUUCAGAAUAGAUCCUAGAUCGGGGGUGGUCACGACGCGCACGCCUCUUGACAGAGAAAAAACGGAAGUGUACACGGUGAUUCUGAGCGUGUCGGAUCAGGCAACCCCACCGUCCGCGAGGAAAACUGCCAACGCGACCUUGGUCGUCCAUAUUGUCGACGAUAACGACAACUAUCCUCAGUUCACCGAGCGUACGUAUUCGGUAUGGAUACCGGAGGAUCUGGAUUACACGGCCAAUCCUGUAGUAGCUCGUAUAAGAGCUGCGGACGCGGAUGCGGGCAACAAUGCGGCGGUUCGCUACGCGAUAAUUGGUGGAAACACGCAGAACACCUUCUCGAUAGACUCUAUGAGCGGUGACGUCGCUCUGGUUAAACCUUUGGAUUACGAGUCCACGAGGAGUUACAAGAUCGUAAUUCGCGCCCAAGACGGUGGUUCGCCCGCUAGAUCCAAUACCACGCAAUUGCUGGUGCACGUGAAGGAUGUGAACGACAACGCCCCGCGAUUUUAUACCAGUCAUUUUCAGGAGUCCGUUUCGGAGAACGUGCCCGUUGGGUACUCGAUGUUGAGGAUACAGGCUUACGACGCCGACGAAGGCGCUAAUGCCCAGAUCAAGUAUACAAUCGGAGCUAGGGACUUCUCUGGAGCUUCCACGGAGAACUUUCCUAUUACAGUGAACACCGAGACUGGCUGGAUCUACACAACGAAACAGCUCGACCGCGAACAGUGUUCUAGGUACCAAUUCACCGUAGUAGCCGCAGACUCGGGCGAAAUGUCGAAAUCUGCUAGCGCCACUGUGAUAAUUACGGUCACCGAUGUCAACGACAAUGAUCCGUACUUCGACCCCAAGAAUUACGAAGCAGUUGUCUCCGAAGACGAUCCACCGGGUACUCCAGUUACUUCUGUGACGGCAACCGAUCCCGACGAAGACGCCAGGAUACACUACGAGAUCACAGCUGGCAAUACCAGGGGUCGUUUCUCGAUUGCGUCUCAGAAUGGACGGGGCUUGAUUACUGUAGCCCAACCACUCGAUUAUAAGCAAGAGAAGAGAUUCGUGUUGACCGUUACAGCCUCUGACAGCGGUGGCAGAACAGACACGGCCCUGGUUUACGUCAAUAUCUCGGAUGCAAACAAUUAUUCACCUGUUUUCGAAAACGCACCAUACUCCGUUUCCGUAUUCGAGGACGCUCCUAUCGGCACCACGGUUUUAGUUGUUAGCGCGACCGACUCUGACGUUGGAAAAAAUGCUCAAGUUACGUACAGCUUGGACACCGACACCGGUGACCAAGGUGCAUCCGAAUUUACGAUAAACCCUCAAACGGGAGCCAUAACUACCACCCGACCGCUCGAUCGGGAACUCGUUCCUGCCUAUUUGUUGACCGUCACAGCUAGGGACGGCGGUGUACCGCCCCUCUCUGACACGACAGACGUGGAGAUCUCAGUCACGGAUGUGAAUGAUAAUUCUCCGACCUUUGAGGCUCCACAGUAUCAGGGUUCUAUUCCGGAAGACGUACUGGUCGGCACUAGUGUCCUGAGGGUUUCUGCCACCGACGCGGACACGGAUCUCAAUGGAAGGGUUCGAUACGCAUUGGAGGAUGACGGUGAUGGAGCUUUUGCAAUAGAUUCAACCACUGGCAUAGUUAGAACGGCUAAGCCACUGGAUAGGGAGUCUGUUGCAAGGUACACCUUAAAAGCCGUGGCCAUUGACAGAGGUUCCCCUUCUCUUUCUUCUGUGGUGCCAGUAGUUAUCAAGAUCGAGGACGUGAAUGAUUCCCCGCCAGCUUUCGAAAAUGACAAAAUUGUCCUUUACAUUGCUGAGAAUUCUCCCAUUGGUUCAACCGUUGGUGAAAUCUAUGCCCACGAUCCAGACGAAGGACCGAACGCCGUCGUGCAGUACUCGGUGAUUGGAGGCGAAGAUUCGAACAGCUUCGUUCUGAAUAUCAGACAAGGCGUAGAUCGCGCGGAACUAAUCACCCUCGAGGAAUUAGACUAUGAAUCGCCGAAGAAAAAGUUCGAAUUAGUGGUGCGCGCAGCCUCGCCUCCAUUGAGGUCAGACGCCUUGGUUCAGAUCUUGGUUACCGACGUCAACGAUAAUGCACCGGUAUUGAAAGACUUCCAAAUAAUUUUCAACAACUUCAAAGACUUUUUCCCCACCUCACCGAUCGGAAAAAUACCUGCAGUAGACGCAGACGUCACCGACAAGCUGACGUACACCAUCCUCGCCGGCAACAACGCGAACUUAAUCGAUUUGAACCAAACCACUGGAGAAAUUCGACUGUCCCCCCAAUUAAAUACGAACGUACCACGCAUCGCUACCAUGGAGGUAUCCGUCACGGACAGCAUCAACGAGGUCAAGGCUACCAUGACUCUCUCUGUGCGACUAAUCACCGACAAGAUGCUUUUGAACUCGAUCACCGUGAGAUUGGACGACAUGACCGCCGAAGCUUUCCUCAGUCCUCUGUUGGGAUACUUUCUAGACGGUCUAGCAGCGAUUAUUCCAUGUCCCAGAGAAAAUAUAUUUCUCUUCAGCAUACAGGAGGACGCGAACGUUCAUGGAAAGAUUCUGAACGUGAGCUUCUCCGCGCGCAGGGUCGAACCAGGCGUGACGGAUGAGUUUUAUAGCCCGCAAUUCCUCCAAGAACGUGUAUACUUGAAUAGAGGCAUUUUGGCCAGAUUAGCUACGGUCACGGUAUUACCAUUCGACGAUAAUCUUUGCGUGCGGGAACCUUGCUUGAAUUUCGAGGAAUGCUUAACCGUUCUGAAAUUCGGCAACGCCUCGGGAUUCGCCAGCAGCGACACGGUACUCUUUAGACCGAUAUAUCCGGUGACAACGUUCGCAUGCAGGUGCGCGAAGGGCUUCACCGGAAGCAAGGAGUCUUAUCUGUGCGACACAGAGGUCAAUUUGUGUUACUCGAAUCCUUGCGUGAACGGUGGCACCUGUUAUCGAAAGGAAGGCGGGUACGCGUGUUCCUGCAGCCCCGAGUAUGCAGGAAAGAACUGUGAGAUCUCGCUGGACGAAGACUCGUGCGCUCCAGGGAUUUGCAAAGGAGGUUCUCAAUGCAUCACCAAAACUACCAGAGGUUUCAGUUGUGAAGGCUGUCCCAUCACAACUUUAGAAAGCGUGACGCCGCUUUGUGAGUUAAAAGCUCGCAGCUUCGGACCCGCAACCUUCCUUACGUUCGCUUCGUUGAGACAGAGACAUAGAUUGCACAUUAAGUUGAGGUUCGCAACCGAGGCGGCCAAUGGACUUUUACUUUACAACGGUCGGUACAACGAAAAGCACGACUUCAUAGCCUUGGAGAUCGUAGAAUCGCAGGUACAGUUCAGUUUUUCACUCGGAGAUGAGAUCACGAGAGCGAUGGCUGCGAUUCCAGGCGGGGUUUCCGACGGGCAAUGGCACGAAGUGGAGGUCUCGUACAUAAACAAAACCGUGACAAUUUCACUGGAUAAUUGUGACGUCGCUCUAGCUCUGGAAUACGGCGAACGGCUUGGCUCAAAAUGGUCAUGCGCGGGUAAAAGCGAACAGGUGCUCGAGGAACGCUGUAACAUCGUCACCGAGACCUGUCACAGGUUCUUAGAUCUUACAGGGCCACUACAGCUCGGUGGUUUGCCUGCUAUUCCUUCUAGCUUUCAGAUUAGAAACAAGGACUUUGUCGGUUGUAUCAGCGACCUAUUCAUCGAUCACACUUUCAUCGACCUGAACUCCUUUGUGGCCGAUAAUGGUACGAACCCUGGUUGUCCGGAGAAGACUACAUUCUGCAUGUCCAUGCCUUGCAAGAACAACGGCAAGUGCAAAGAAAUAUGGUCCGGAUUCGUCUGCGAGUGCAAGGAAAACUUCGCGGGACCUACCUGUGCCGAUGAGGUUGACAUACCCUGGAGCUUCCACGGCGACGGGAUGCUGAGUUUCAAUCCCCUGCUGAGACCCAUCCAACUGCCUUGGUUAACGGCGCUAAGCUUGAGGACCAGGGUUAAACAGGCGUUCGUGAUGAACGUGCAAAUAGGUCAGAAUAGUUCCGCGUUGUUCGAGAUUCGGGAUGAAAAGUUGGUCGCCUUGCUGGACGGCGCGGAUAUCAUUCAGACAUGGAACAACAUAGCGGACGGGGAAUGGCACAGGAUAGAGAUCGUCUGGCAGAGUGGUCAGGUCUCUCUUGACAUCGAUUAUCGUAACAGGCCUAUGUCGUCCCCGUUACCAGCUAAGUUGCAAGGUCUAUACGUGGGCAGGAUCUUGGUCGGUGGACUGGAACAGUCCAUGAACGCCGAGCUACCGUUUUUCGACGGUUGUCUUCAGGAUAUCCGUAUCGGUACUAAUCAAAGUAUACUUCAACGACCGACCGUUCAAGAGAACGUCGCGACCGGUUGCAGCUCCUCCUCGGAGUGCAACGCCGACUGUCCGGAGGCAUCGAACUGCACGGCGAAAUGGCAGGCAAGCGAGUGCGUUUGCACGGCGGGUCGAGUAGGUCGCGAUUGCGAGCGUGUCUGCGACUUGAAUCCGUGUAACAACACCGGCACCUGUAUCGAGGACCACCACACUCGCAGAGGGUAUAAAUGCGAGUGCAAUUCUCCCGAGUAUUCUGGAGAGUAUUGCGAGAUCAAAGCUGACCAACCUUGCCCGGCAACCUGGUGGGGAUCGCCGGUUUGCGGACCAUGCCACUGCGACGAGUCCAAAGGCUACGAUCCAGCCUGUAACAAAACCACCGGGGAAUGUUAUUGCAAAGAGAAUCACUAUCAGCCUUCCGGCAAAAAAGAAUGUAUCCCUUGCGAAUGCUAUGCCACCGGGAGCUUCGGUCCCCGUUGCGAUACAGAGACUGGCCAAUGUAGAUGUCGAGUUGGAGUUAUCGGACGAUCGUGUACCGCGUGUCCUAAUCCUUAUGCCGAAGUUACCCUUCGCGGUUGCGAGGUGGUGUACGACGGUUGUCCCAGAUCGUAUGCGGAAGGCCUCUGGUGGCCGAGAACUAAGUUUGGUAUGACCGCCGUGGAGGACUGUCCCGACACAGCUGAAGGAAAAACCUCCAGAUCCUGCGACGACAAAUUGGGUGGCUGGCAGGAGCCUGACCUAUUUAAUUGCACUUCCGAAGCUUUCAUCGAGCAAAGACAUCAGUUAGCCGCAUUAGAGACCAAGGAUCUAACGAUCAAUACCUAUGUGGCUGUUAAGAUCGCCAAGGAUGUACACAAGGCGAUUAAUGUCACUAAACACAUGUACGGAGCCGAUUUGUUGAUCGCAGAGUCUUUACUUGUCGCGUUGUUGAAGUACGAGGAGAGUUUGGUCGGACUAAAUUUGACUCAUAGUCAAGAUAAGGAUUACGUGUCCCAUCUGGUCGGUAUUACCAGCGGUGUUUUGAAGGUCAAAUAUCUGGACAAGUGGGAGAGGAUCGAAACGCUUAACAGCGAUACUCCUGACAAGGUUCUAGACGCGAUGGCGAAUUACUUGAAGACACUGACCGCGUCUCAGCACGAUACGUUUACCGAUCCCUUUGAAGUGGUUGACUCUAACGUCGUAUUGGGCUUGGACGUGGUGACUUCGGAGAGUUUGUUCGGUUACGAGACAGCAGAGUACAGGGAGGAUCCACUGGCGUCCACUGCUAGGCCAACCGAGGCUGACCAAAAAGUGGUCUUGCCCGACACUUCCGCGUUUUUAUCAUCGUCCACGCAUUUUGGUCCAUCGAUAACCUUCCCUAAGUACAAUAAUUACAUGGCGGAUCCGAGCAGAUUUGAUCCACACUCGAAGAUACGGGUACCCCUCAACGUAUUGGGAAUCAAACCAUUGGGGCAAGGAGAAUUAAAUGUCAAGAAAAGUUUGGUCAAUCGAAAGGCUGUGCUCAGUUACGUGCAAUAUAAACAAUUAGGUGCCUUGUUGCCUCAAAGAUUCGACGAUUCCGUAGAAGUUAGGUGGGGCGUUGAAGUAGCUGUAGGAUCACCAGUCGUAACAGUAUCCGUAUUAGUUCCAUCUGAAGACGGUUACGAAUCCCUGACUGGUAUUCCUCUACAGUCUCCAGUACAAAUUAGUCUUUGGCUCAGCGAAAAGGACGAUCUUAAGACUAGAACUAAUCCACAGUGCGUGCAUUGGAGCACAGCUAGAGGGGUUGGUGAAUGGAGUCGAAUGAGCUGUACUACAGAAGUCGAGGACGAUUCCCUAUCGUUUAGCACGAUUGUGAACUGCUCCUGUCUGCAGCUAUCGACUUUUGCAAUAUUAACGGAUAUUCUCGAUUUAGAAUAUAUACCCGAACCGUCUCUGCUGGAAGAUGUAACCAGUUACAGCGCAUUCAUGCUCGCGUUGCCUUUAUUGUUAUCCGCCUUGCUCAUUCUCUCGUUGAUAAGAGGUGGCAGCACGAACUCGAAUAGCAUUCAUAAGAAUCUGGUGAUGUGCGUUUUCUUCGCCGAAGUGCUGUAUUUAAUCGCGCUCAAAGCAAGAAGUCCUCUAGUCUCGAACAAAUUCCCGUGUAAAUUAACGGCGAUCGGUUUACACUAUGCUUGGUUAAGCACUUUUUCCUGGACUCUGGUGGACUCUAUUCAUCUGUAUCGAAUGCUCACUGAAAUGAGAGACGUAAAUCAUGGACAAAUGAGAUUUUAUUAUACAAUGGGGUAUGGUGCUCCUGCAAUCAUCGUCGGACUAACCAUCGGUGUCAGGGCUGACCAGUAUGGGAACUUUUACUUCUGUUGGUUGUCGAUUUACGAAACUGUAAUUUGGUCUUUAAUCGGGCCAGUUUGUUUAGCAGUAUUCGUAAACUUUUGCAUUCUCAUUAUGUCCAUAAGAGCGGCGUUCACAUUGAAGGAACACGUCAUGGGCUUUGGGAAUUUACGGACGUUACUUUGGUUGUCCGUAGCUUCGUUGCCUUUGCUCGGGUCCACUUGGACUCUAACAGUGCUCAAUGCGUCUGAGAACUCUCCGACCCUGUCGUAUCUACUUAGCAUAGCAAUCGUGGUUCAUGCAGCAUUUAGUUUAAUCGGUUAUUGCUUCAUCAACGGCAGAGUACGAAGAAAUUUAUACCUGAGUAUCUUAAGGUGUCUGGGGAAGAAGACACCUUUGCUGGAAGGAAGUAUGGGAAAUGGAAGCAGCAGUCAGAAUGUGAAUGGUCACUCGAGAUCUGCGCUCGCGUACUCGUCAACGUACAGCGGAGCGGAAUCAGUGUGUAGAAGGGUUCACGUGGGAGUUUCAACGAGUAGUACAACUUCACGAAGUACAAACAAGACUGGGUCCAGUCCGUAUCGUAGCGACACGCAUUUGAGACAUACAUCAACGUCUACGAGUAAUUAUAAUAGUGAUAGGGACCCGUAUUUGUCGUCCAGGAGUCAUCGAUCAGCGUUGCAUUCCAGGCAAGAAACGACAGAAUCACGAAAUCAACGUCGAGAUUCUGAGUCAGACUCGGAUGGAUCCCAAGCGGAAGAUGGUGGGAGGAGCUUGGAUCUCGCGAGUUCUCAUAGUUCUGACGAAGAAGACAUCACAUCGAGAUCCCACCGAGAUAUGGGAGUCUCGACACAGCAAGCUGUUACACACAGCUACUUGCCCAACAUCCAUACUAAUCCCACUGAACACUUGAACAUACUUUGUUCAAACGCAGAACUCUUCCCAAACAUUAAACCUAUUUAUGCGCCCAGAUGGAGUUCCCAGUUGCCGGAAGCAUACUUAUCAUCAAAUGUAAUAGAUGUCCGUGGAAGUCAGUGGUCUGGGGGUACGAUAUCCGACAACGAAAUAGCGUCAAAUAAAACGUCCAGUCCAAAUCCACUGCCCUAUCCUGAAAUAAAUUCCCCUCAAAAGAGUCAGCCGGAUGAAAAUUAUUCUGAAGGAGAGGAGAAGCUUCACCAUCUAGGCGAGAAGUAUUUGUUCCCAUACACAGCAGAGGAAGAUCACACAGUGUCGCCAACACCGUACAUGCUACCCAUUGCGUCCCGCAUUCUCGCGUCUAGCAUGAGUCACCAUUCGCAAAACUCGAAUCACGAGAACUUAAGCGGAUCAGAGAGAUAUGGCAGCUUGAAACGAGGGCAGACCAUGCAUGGGUCUCAGCACAACCUUAGUGGCUCAGAAAGGUACGGUAGCCUGAAGCGAGGAAAAAUCACUCCGACUGUAUUGGAGGAUUCGCCAGAAUACAUUCUGCCGAUGAGCGGUAGAAUAUUAUCCAGUUCAUUAACCCAUGAUCUACAACACAGCAACGAACUGGCUGCUCUUAGGCAGCAGCAACAGCAAUAUGAGCAAACAAUCACUGAGACCGACGAAGAGGAAGGAUACUAAUGCGGAAACAUCUGUGUGACACGGCUCCGUGCUACAAACAAACACCGU